GUGUAAAACGCGGGGAUCCUACGAGAACCUUACGAUGCGAUACUCCAAUCACACGGCAUGUCACUCUGGCGUCCACAUCAUUCUCGCCAUUUCUUCUGGAAAAGCCGCCGGGGCUGAAAAGGAAACUAAUGAGAUCGCUUGCUUAAGCGUCAUUGGACUCCACUUUUCUCCGCUCACUUUAUCUUUCUUUUUUCUUUACUGUUGUACUCUUUGAUUUUUAUUCUUGAUUCUUUGGUUGAUUCAAUCUUUUAAUACUUUUGUUUUCUGUGUUGAUUUUUCUUCUAUCUAGUAUGAUCAAUGUAGAGUUGUGAUCAUUAUUGUUAC